AGGUUUAAGCGAAAAGUUCAGCUUUAGAGAUAGAUGUGACAGCAGUGGUGCCAUGUGGUUGAAAUAAAGGAGGGAAAGAAGAAGAAGAAGCAAAGUUAUUGGAGAUGUUUUUGGCUCGAUGUCAGAAGUCACAAGGGGAGGUAGAUCUUGAAAGAUUUUGACACUUUCUAUUAAUGAAGGAGUUUUUGGCUAGUUGGAGAACAGACUUGGCAUGAUUCCAGGCAGUGCCUUUGGCCAGUAUCUGUCCUACAUAAAAAAAGAAAAAAAAGUUCGGAAGGAAAUUGACCAAUAGAGAAGAUGAAGGAAUGACCAAUCAUGGUCCAGAACUGGAGAAAUUGGGUCAAUCCCAAGCCUCCUUAUUUUAGCCAAUAACCAGAGGAAAGUGGAAGGUGUGUCUGUACAGGUGUUCUCUCCAGAGAUGCUGGUGGGGAAUGUGAGGUGUGAUAUUCUCUUGAGAGUGAGAGGGAAGGAAGAAGAUUUAAAAGCAGAACAGAACCAACCACAUGGAACAUACUAAACUUGAAAUGAUGAAAUAUAUAUAUACAAUAAUAAUUGUUACGACUGAUACAUCUCCAUGGAAGGUAAACUUCCAUCCUCUCCUUCAUGCUGGCCAGAGGGGUCAAGUCUUAACAAUCUAACCUAACAAUAUUACUGAAGAAUAUUUUCUGGAUAUAGCUUUUUACUUGAGAAGAUAUUCAAGACAUUUUCUCAAAUAAGACUUCAAAAUGGAUGAUGCUCCCAUCAUAUAUGGUCUUGAAGAUUUUCAGGCCCGAGCCCUCGCAGCACACUCUGCUGAAACAGAAAAGAUUAAUUUCCUUGUUGGAACUCAGUCCCUGAGAAGAACUAACCAGGUACAGCUAAUUGAGUUUGAUGAUGACACAAGCCUGGUCACCAAGCAGACAUUUGAGCACCCAGCAGGGGAGGUGUGGAGGAUUGUUGCUGCCCCACAGAGCCCAGACAUGAUAGCAACUGUGUAUAAUAACACACAAGACUACUGUGGUGAAUUUGGAGCAGCAAUCUGGAGACUUUCCCUUGAAGGAUCUUCCUCUGGAUCACUCGAUGAUUCAAGAUCUGGUGGUGAACAAGUAGAAAAGUUGUGUAGUUUAAAUGGUGCCUCAGAUGUGGAUGCACAGAUCCCAGGCUCACCAGUGCCAGGACUGGGCUCCCAGGCAUGGUCUGUGGUAUGGGCACCAGAAAAUGAUUCUCACCUUGUCACACUUGUCGACAACCACAUCUUCUACUGGGAUGUUGAAGCUGCUGGAAGAUCAGCAAAGAUCAUAGGAAAUGUUACUGUAGAAGGUCGUGGCACUGUGAGUUUGGGAAGUGGUCGGUGGUACCCUCAUCAGCAUGGCUCUCAGGUGGCAGCGACUCAUGGGUCAAGUGUGCGGGCUUGGGACAUGCGAACCAUGAAACCAACAUGGUGUGUGGAGGGAGCACACACACAAUUAGUAAGGGACUUGGACUUCAAUCCAAACAUGCAGUAUUAUCUUGCAACAUGUGGGGAUGAUUGUAAAACAAAAUUCUGGGAUAUCAGAAAUACGGAUCAACCACUAAAAGAACUUAGUGAUCAUUCUCAUUGGGUUUGGAGUGUAAGAUACAAUGCUUCCUAUGAUCAGUUGGUACUGACAUGCUCCAGUGAUCAGCGCAUAAUAUUGUCAAAUCUGCCCUCCAUUGCAUCACAGCCUUUUGGCACCAUGGUGGACCAGGAAGACACCACCAAAGAGGACAAGGAGAAGGUGGAAGGUACUGAGGAGGGUGUAAUCCAGAUAUAUGAUGACCAUGAGGACUCAGUGUAUGCAGUGGAGUGGUCAGCAGCUGACUUCUGGACGUUUGCUUCACUCAGUUAUGAUGGUAGACUAGUUAUCAAUAAAGUUCCAAGGAGUGUGAAAUAUAAGCAGUUUAUGUAUGCCAUCACCAGCUGACUACUCAUGGAGGCUGCAUCGCUUAUUUUUACCAAGGCCACCACCCAGUAUUGACGUUACAUGAUACCCUUGUGUGCCGGUGCCUUUCUGUUUUUAAGUGAUGAGGGAACAAAUAACAUUUCAGUUUUUCUUGGGUGGAGAUCUGGGAGAGAUGGAUGUAGAGUUGAUGAAGCACAAGGUAGGAACAGUGUUGUUAGUAGGUAAUGAAAAUUUGUGAACAAUUGCACUAGUGUGUCUGCCUUACACUGGUAACAAUCCAGCAAAGAUCACAUCAUUAUACAUCUGGCUGUUGGUUUUCUAUAACAAUGCACAUCAAAAUUAAUGAAGCACUUAUUGUUCUAUUAUAGAAGACAAAUUUGCCACCCUAUUAUUUUUUAAUGUACUGUGUGAUACUUGGAAUUGCAAUGUAUUUAAGACAAACUUGCUAUCUAACAUCCUUAAAAUAUGAAUUUUAAAAAUUUUGUUUUCAAAGAUUAAACUGACAUGACAAACUUUUUCACUUGGUUGAGUACAAAAAUUCAUAUAUUUUUGUGACUUUACCAGUACAUUUGCUUACGGUAAACACUGUUAUGCAUCUUAGGGUAAAAGUCAUUUUUCAUUGAUGUAUUACUGGACUUUUCAUUGACAAAACUUUUCUGACAAAACUUUUCUUUAAUUCUUUGGGUUUUCUAGAAUAAAAUCUUACCAUCUGACCAUUUUUUGCUUGCAACUGGGAUUUUUGAGCAGAAUGUGGUUAUAUGCCAAGUACACCAGUGUAUAUGAAUAUGUAUGCACGCAUAAUAGUUAUUUAUCUUUUUAUAAGAACUUCAUUUUCACUCGGGUUCAUCUUUAUUUUAAUAAACAUCUUAAACACAAGCAACUAAAUAUUGGAAUG